CCUCGCGUUCGGAAAUAGUCGCUCACAAAUGUUUUGAAAAAAGUGCGAAAAAAUGGGUACUGUGCUAAGCUUUUCCCCCCGCGAGAGACGACCCGUUUACAGUACCACAUCCACCGGAGAUUUCACGCUGAACAAUUUCUCGUACGAACAGUUGAACAACGUGAAGAACCGCGAAAGUAAAGCCACCAUAGCCAACCCCAAUUUGUGCAACAACAUCAACAACAAUGAGAACGCCAGGAUCAUCUCGGAAAAGAACGCGCUGGAGAAGAACCUGAAGAAACACUCGCUGUUCAUCAACGCGCUAUCAUGGAAGCGAUUCUCCACCACGAACAACAACAAAAAGAAACUUGACAACAACAAGAACAAGAACAUCACCGUCUACAGACAACCGUUAGUAGAUAACGUCCACCCAGUAAUAGAAAAGAACAAGAACAUUCACCAAAACCCUACCAGCAAACAUGGCACAGCCUACUACUCCAAUUCCAAGAGCACAUCGGCGUUGGCCUUGGACAUAGUCAGGGCAAACAAUGCGAAUAACAACACCAACAUCAACGGGCCUUGUGAUAAGGUAGGUAACAAGCAGGCUGUGUUGGGGCAAAGAUCGCUCAAUUGUCAGAACCAGGUGGUUCCUGUGGCUGUUCCCAGGAAGACUGUCAUCCAGGCGAGCACCUCGGAACUGCUGAAGUGUUUAGGUAUGUUUUUGCACGCCAAGUGCUACAAGCUGAAAGACUUUCAGGCUGGGGACGCUGUCAUGUGGUUGAGGACGGUGGAUAGGAGUUUGCUGCUGCAAGGAUGGCAGGAUGUCGCCUUCAUAAAUCCAGCCAACGUCGUGUUCGUUUAUAUGCUGGUGAGAGACCUGGUCAAGCCGGACAUCGAGUGCGAGCGAGACCUCCAAGCGGUAGUACUCACCUGCCUCUAUCUCUCUUACUCCUACAUGGGCAACGAGAUCUCCUACCCGCUCAAGCCUUUCCUCGUCGAGGACUCCAAAGAGAAGUUCUGGGAUAGGUGUUUGGACAUCGUCGACCGACUAUCUUCCAGCAUGCUGAAAAUCAACGCUGAGCCCGGCUACUUCACCGAGAUCUUCACCGAGCUGAAGGCCUGCGGCAUCGGCAACAUCGUCGCCGGCAACAUGGCAACGAUGGCCAGCCAGACCGUGCCAGUGUUGCCAUGCCGCGCUGGCUCGACGACCCCCGCUUGACGCAGAAGGGAAGUGACCGUAGUGAAAUUGAGUCUGGCAGAGAUGCCCACGGUACCUUGCGAAGUAUGAGUAGGUACCCCGUAUCUUCCAUUAGGUCGAAUUGGUUUUCGGUAGACGGAUUUGUCAUUAGGUGAUGUGCCAAAAUAUGCGCUGGG